AUGGAGAGUAUUGAGAAGCGCCUUACCUGUAAAAGCGUCAUCCAGCUUUUGCCAGGUGUCUGCUAUGGUGCAAACAUGAUUAGUGGCUGCAUAUCAGAAGCUUACUGUACUUCUUCUGUUUGCUGUCAAGGAAAUCUCUGCAAUAAACCAAACCCGUCACCUGUCCUGACCUGUUACCAGUGCUCUAAUCUCAAUGAAUCAAGCUCGUGUGACAUCCAGCAGCUGUCCUCAUGUUCAUCACCAGCAAUGCAGUGUGGAGUUUCAUCAAUCCAAACUAUACGGAAUUCCUUAAAUCAAACUCAGUAUAUCAGAUCGUGUGUCAAUCCAGCCAUCUGCAAUGUUUCCAUGUCCUUCAACACUGGAGAACUGAGUGCCAUUUCACAUACGGAGUGCUGUCAGUCAAAUUUGUGCAACUCCAACAGCACAGAAGUCAUCACACCUUCUCCAAAUACCCUGCAGUGCUAUUCUGCAACAAACAACGUGGAUCAAGUAGUGCAGUGUGCCGGCAUUGAAGACCGCUGCUUCACCCUUGGAAUUAGUGGUCUUGGACUGGUCCAAGGUUGUGCCUCACAAAGUACCUGUGACAAUGUGCAGAUGAUUGCAGACUACUUUGGAUUCCCCACAAUAUCAAAUAUCAGCUGCUGCCAAGGAUCUUUCUGCAACAAUGCAACCAACAAUUCCAGUUUGACUUGUCACCAGUGCUACUCGCCCACUUCCUGGGACUCCUGUGAAAGUGUGUCUGCUCCCUGCAGUUCUCCAAAUGCGACUUGCUCAACGGUUUUUAGCUCAGAUGUGAAUUCAUUCAACAUUUUCCAAAGACAGUGUGCCGUUCCGGAGAGCUGCAAUGUGAGCGUCUCACUGAACUACGGAUAUGGAAGCACAACCUGGAUUUCUCAGUGCUGCAGCUCAGACCUGUGUAAUGCUGAAAACGUUAGCGUUUCCAGCGACCCCAAUGGCUUAGUCUGCUGCGCAGGAUUGAACGGCCUGUGCCAGAGGCUGGUCAUGUGCACCGGCAUUCAGGGCCACUGCUUCAUCUCAGAUACCGGAUUAUCUGUAUAUUCAGGAUGUGCGUCACAAAGUGUGUGUGACAAUCCCGUCACAGCAGCUACCAACCUGCAGAUCUCUCUGAGCCAACAGACUCACUGCUGCCAAGGAAAUGUCUGCAAUAAACCCAAUGUCACUUUAAGCUGCUAUGUGUGUCAGCCGUCACCUUCGUGGGACGUUUGUGAAAACACGACAACUUCAUGUGAUUCUGAAAAUUCAGCCUGUGGGUUUUUUGUCAAUGUCAACAGCUUUGGCUUGGGAGUGACAAACAGUGAGAUCGAGAGGUCCUGUAUUACGCUGGACAGAUGCAACACAACAGAGUCGACUAACUAUGGACUUGCAAGUAGCAUUUGGACAUCCCAGUGCUGCAGCACCGACCUGUGCAACACAGAAACAGUCGUGGCUAACGCAACUGGUGCCAUAAACGGGCUGCUCUGCUGUGCAACGACGGAUGGGACGUGCCAGAAUACAGUGCUGUGCACUGGCGUUGAGGACAACUGCUUUACAUCAGAUGACGGACAAAAUGUGUACAGGGGAUGCACCUCCCAGAGCGUGUGCAAUGAUCCGGCGCACUCCAUGACCGCCCGCAGUUGGCCCUUUAUGUCUUACAGCAGGUGCUGCCAAGGAAAUUUGUGCAAUCGACCAGACACUUUGACUUGCAACAACUGUUACGCCACUUCAUGGACAACAUGUGAGAGCCACGCUGAGGUGUGCCCUCAGGGUGACAUGUACUGCGUGUCCUCUGCUUAUUCCUACGUGACGCCUUCAAUGAACAUAUCGUCGUUCAGAAGGUUUUGUGGUCACCCUGAGGACUGCAACAAAACUUCAUCAUACAUCAGUGCAAAUGAAAGCCAGACGCUCAUUGCUGAAUGCUGCAGCUCUGAUUUUUGUAACACACAAACAGUUGACACCUCUGCCGGUCCAAACGGACUUGUUUGCUGUUCUGGAGGAGACGGAAGUUGCCAGCCUGUCGUGCAGUGCAUUGGUUUUCAAGACAAGUGUUUCACUUCAGGUUCUACCCGAGGAUGCAUUUCAAACAGCAGUUGUUCCAGUCCCUCGAUGAGAUGCUGCCCAGUAAAUCUCUGCAAUGAUCCAAUGUUCGAUCUGAUGUGUUAUAACUGCAUUUCUAACUCCACUUUGGAAAUCUGUGAUGGGAAUGUAGUGCCAUGCAGCUCUCAGAACUCGGCAUGCACCAGCAUGGUGGAGUCCAGCACCUCGGGGUGGACUUUUCAACAAUUUUGUGCACCUGAACAAAGCUGUAAUCUAAGUUUGUCCAUAAACUAUGGCGCAGGGAGUCAGACAAGGAUUUCGAGAUGCUGUCUUUCAGAUCUGUGCAAUAACCAAGCAGUCAACGCAUCGAGUGACGCCAAUGGCCUGGUGUGCUGUGCUGGGACUAAUGGCACCUGCCAGCAGACCAUCAACUGUACGGGUGUUGAGGACCACUGCUUCACCUCAAAUGAUGUAUGGACGACAGUCAUGGGCUGCUCUUCAAAGGACGCUUGUGAUCUCUCAGCAAAUUCAUGGGCCAGCUUGCCAGGUUUUCUUUCUUCUCAGAUCAGCUGCUGUCAGGGUGACCUCUGCAAUCAGCCAGCUCCCAGGCUCAGUUGCAAUAAUUGUUUCUCCUCCAAUUCCUGGGAAACGUGUUACAAUGGAAUCACGACCUGCGGUUCUGACCAAACGACCUGUGCAUCCAUCUUCAUCGCCCAAACUUCAGACAUAACCACCUUCAACACUUUUGUCAGGCAUUGUUCAACUCCAGAGAGGUGCAAUCUUACUUUUUCCAUUAACUCUGGAUUACAGACGAGCACCUGGGUCUCGCAAUGCUGCUCGACCAAUGUCUGCAACACUGAAAAUGCUGACAUGCCCAGCAUUCCAAAUGGACUGGUGUGCUGUGGAGGGAAUGACGACUUCUGUCAGAUCACCGUCAACUGCCUGGGCGUCCAGGACCAAUGCUUCACCUCAGACAUCGGUGGAAUCAUCUCCAGAGGGUGCUCUUCAAACAGUGUCUGCGCAGAUCCCGUAAAUGCAAGUGCAGUUUUACAGAUGAGCUUGAGCCCGCAGAUGCAGUGCUGUGAAGGCCACCUCUGCAACAACCCAAAUGACUUUCUGAUUUACAACGAAUGCUACAGCCGUUCCUGUGACGAGUGCCAAAACAGCAUCACCCUGUGCAGCUCACAGUCAUCUGCUUGUGGAGUGCUGGUGGGAUCCUAUAACAUGGCCUGGACCAACUACACCAUUUUUAAUGCGGGCUGCAUUCCCACGCAGACCUGUAACUGGAGCCUGUCAAUUGACUACGGCCAUGGAAGUAAUAGCUGGAGCUCCUGGUGCUGCAACUCCAGUCUAUGCAAUGCUGAAAAAGUUAAUAUUUCUAGUGAUCCAAAUGGACUGGUAUGCUGCGCUGGAAUGGACAGGACUUGCCAAAACUCCAUGAACUGCACCGGCAUUCAAGACCACUGCUUCAUUUCAGAUAAUGGCCAGCAGGUGUACGCCGGCUGCACGUCCAAGGACGUCUGCGACAGUCCGCUCAGGGCGAGCGUCUUCCUGAACAUACAGCUCAACUCUCAAAUCGACUGCUGUCAGGGACCCCUCUGCAAUGAGCCUGUCACUACUCCUGCUAAUGAGAACGGGCUGGUGUGCUGCGCAGAUGCCAACUCGACCUGCCAGAAUCACAUCAACUGCACUGGAAGUCAGGACUACUGCUUCACUUUAGAUAAUGGACAGUUGGUGCAGAAAGGCUGUGCAUCAAAAGCUUUCUGUGACAAUUCUGCAGCUGUGACAUUACAAUUCAAUCAGAGCAUCCAGUUUAACUGCUGCAAUGGGAGUCUCUGCAAUCAGCCCUCUUACACCUCCGAAAAUAUAAGUGGGCUGGUAUGCUGUGAAGGAGCAAAUGGGACGUGUCAGACCACCGUGAACUGCACAGUUCCUGAAGCCCGCUGCUUUACGGCCUAUGCUGAAGGGGCCAUGCUGAGGGGAUGUACAACACAAAGCGCCUGUCAGAAUUCUGUCCAGUUGAGCCCAUCUUCUCAGAUGUACUGCUGUCUUGAAGAUCUCUGCAACCAGCCGUCUUCCACCUUGUUCUGCAACAGCUGCCAAUCUGUUUAUUCGUGGGAAGCUUGUGAGAGCAGCGUCAUUCUGUGUGUCUCUCCAUACUCCACUUGUGCAUCAUUUCGGUAUUCACUUAAUUUAUAUUCUGCUACUCCCACUACUUUUAAACGCUUAUGUGCCUCUCCGGACUCCUGCAAUCUGAGCCUGUCCAUCAACUAUGGCUAUGGCAAUCAGUCCUGGACAUCAAAGUGCUGCGACUCAGAUUUGUGCAAUGUCGAGGAAGUAAACACACCCAGCAUUCCGAAUGGCCUUGUGUGCUGUGGCGGAACAAACGGGAAUUGUGAAAACUCCGUAAGCUGUGUGGAUGACCAAGACUACUGCUUCACAUCAAGUAAUGGAUGGGCUGUGUUCCUCGGAUGUUCUUCCAGCAGCAUCUGUGACAAUCCACUAAAUGCAAGCAAGACGUUGCACUUUGACCUUGGACCAUCGAUUAACUGCUGUCAAGGAUGGCUCUGCAACAAACCAACUUCCACACUGGUCUGCAACUCCUGCACAUCCAGUAGUUCGUGGGAUGCCUGUGACAGCAGCUCCAUAUUUUGCAGCUCUCAGGAUUCCUGUGUGACGUCUUCUUUUUCCACCUACUUGUACUGGUACUCCCCUUUGAAAUUUCAAAGAUACUGUGCAACGCCGACCCCAGAAAUCUGUAACGUGAGUGCAUCGUUCAACUUUGGAGGAGGGAGCAUGACUCUGGUGUCACAGUGCUGCAACACGGACUUGUGUAACACUGAGAAAGUGAACAUAUCCAGUGAUUUUAAUGGACUGACAUGCUGCUCAGGGACAGAUGGCACCUGCCAGAGAACCGUGAAGUGCACCGACAGACAAGACCACUGCUUCACAUCAGUUUCAGGACCCAACAUCAUAAUGGGAUGCUCUUCGUGGAGCCUCUGUGAUAAUCCCAAUAUUGGCAACAGCAUCCUGGGAUUUUCAGCAUUUUUGUCUGUCACGUGUUGCCAAGGAAGCCUGUGCAAUAAACCCAUUUCCUCUUUGGUUUGUCAUCUUUGCUUCACCGGCAGUGCAAGUGGCUGUGAAGACUUGUCUGACGUCUGCAACCCUCAGUACACAACCUGUACGACUGUGGCAGUCAAAGACAGCAUCGGUGGUUAUUUGAACGACUACGUCCAGCAAUACUGCACCAUCCCAGACAGCUGUAAUGAGACAACUUCCAUUAACUUCGGAGAGGGCAGCAUAACAAGAACAACCGAAUGCUGUGACACCGACUUUUGUGACGCGCCAGUGCAAGAAGCUGAUAUGUCUUCUGCUCCAAACGGCUUGGUGUGCUGUGUUGGGACAAACAGCACAUGUGGGAAAGUAGCAGAAUGCAUUGGGAUCGAAGACCACUGCUUCACGGCUGUCUACAGUUCAGUGCUGAUUUACAUGGGAUGCUGCUCAACUAAUUUUUGCCAAAAUAUUCGAUUUAACUGCUGCCAAGGAAAUCUCUGCAACAGGCCAAAGAUUGAUUUCAGCAGUGUGAAUGCGUAUACUAUAAAUACAACUUCAGUUAUCCUCACCUGGAACACAUCCAGCUCAGGUGAUACCAGCUUCAUCCUGGAAGUCUUGGGAGAUGUGACCAUGAACAUCACAGUGUCUUCAACUGUGGCAGUUGUAACUGGACUGACACCAGGACAUGGAUAUGUAUUUCGGAUAAUUCCAGUCACUGGUGGCAUUGUGAUGGAAGCAGAUAUAGUAACAGUGACUCAAUUCACAUUCCCAGAAAUGGUAUCAGACUUAACUGCUGAAAACAUCACAACGUCAUCCUUUACCCUAACGUGGAACCUGACAGAAGGCGUCGCAGUCGGGUACAAUGUUCAAGUCACAGGAGUGCCCGACUUUGAUACCAGAGUGGAUUCUGAAAUGGCUGUUUUAACUGGGUUGACACCGGGGAGCAUGUAUACGGUGCAAGUGUUCGCUGUGGCUGAAGACAACGUUACGCAAGGCAGUGGAGCAUCUCUUACAGUGUUCACAAAGCCUGAAACGAUCCUGAAUUUGACAGCUGAGGAUAUUACAACCACCUCCAUCACACUGACGUGGAGUUCAGCCCUCAGCGGCGUGGUUCAUUAUAAGGUGAAAAUUCCAGGAACUACCCUCCCUGAUUUGACAGUGCAUUCGGAGACGGUCACCAUAAGUGAGCUGAUACCUGGUCAGAACUACAAGGUGGAAGUAUCUGCUGUGGAUGGAGACAACUUCACUGAAGGCGAUGCUGCCUCUCUCACGGUUUCCACAGUGCCCGGAAACAUUUUAGGUUUGACUGCUGAAAACAUCACGACAAAGUCCUUUAGCCUAACGUGGAACCUGACAGAAGGCGUCGCAGUCGGGUACAAUGUUCAAGUCACAGGAGUGCCCGACUUUGAUACCAGAGUGGAUUCUGAAAUGGCUGUUUUAACUGGGUUGACACCGGGGAGCAUGUAUACGGUGCAAGUGUUCGCUGUGGCUGAAGACAACGUUACGCAAGGCAGUGGAGCAUCUCUUACAGUGUUCACAAAGCCUGAAACGAUCCUGAAUUUGACAGCUGAGGAUAUUACAACCACCUCCAUCACACUGACGUGGAGUUCAGCCCUCAGCGGCGUGGUUCAUUAUAAGGUGAAAAUUCCAGGAACUACCCUCCCUGAUUUGACAGUGCAUUCGGAGACGGUCACCAUAAGUGAGCUGAUACCUGGUCAGAACUACAAGGUGGAAGUAUCUGCUGUGGAUGGAGACAACUUCACUGAAGGCGAUGCUGCCUCUCUCACGGUUUCCACAGUGCCCGGAAACAUUUUAGGUUUGACUGCUGAAAACAUCACGACAAAGUCCUUUAGCCUAACGUGGAACCUGACAGAAGGCGUCGCAGUCGGGUACAAUGUUCAAGUCACAGGAGUGCCUGACUUUGAUACCAGAGUGGAUUCUGAAAUGGCUGUUUUAACUGGGUUGACACCGGGGAGCAUGUAUACGGUGCAAGUGUUCGCUGUGGCUGAAGACAACGUUACGCAAGGCAGUGGAGCAUCUCUUACAGUGUUCACAAAGCCUGAAACGAUCCUGAAUUUGACAGCUGAGGAUAUUACAACCACCUCCAUCACACUGACGUGGAGUUCAGCCCUCAGCGGCGUGGUUCAUUAUAAGGUGAAAAUUCCAGGAACUACCCUCCCUGAUUUGACAGUGCAUUCGGAGACGGUCACCAUAAGUGAGCUGAUACCUGGUCAGAACUACAAGGUGGAAGUAUCUGCUGUGGAUGGAGACAACUUCACUGAAGGCGAUGCUGCCUCUCUCACGGUUUCCACAGUGCCCGGAAACAUUUUAGGUUUGACUGCUGAAAACAUCACGACAAAGUCCUUUAGCCUAACGUGGAACCUGACAGAAGGCGUCGCAGUCGGGUACAAUGUUCAAGUCACAGGAGUGCCCGACUUUGAUACCAGAGUGGAUUCUGAAAUGGCUGUUUUAACUGGGUUGACACCGGGGAGCAUGUAUACGGUGCAAGUGUUCGCUGUGGCUGAAGACAACGUUACGCAAGGCAGUGGAGCGUCUCUUACAGUGUUCACAAAGCCUGAAACGAUCCUGAAUUUGACAGCUGAGGAUAUUACAACCACCUCCAUCACACUGACGUGGAGUUCAGCCCUCAGCGGCGUGGUUCAUUAUAAGGUGAAAAUUCCAGGAACUACCCUCCCUGAUUUGACAGUGCAUUCGGAGACGGUCACCAUAAGUGAGCUGAUACCUGGUCAGAACUACAAGGUGGAAGUAUCUGCUGUGGAUGGAGACAACUUCACUGAAGGCGAUGCUGCCUCUCUCACGGUUUCCACAGUGCCCGGAAACAUUUUAGGUUUGACUGCUGAAAACAUCACGACAAAGUCCUUUAGCCUAACGUGGAACCUGACAGAAGGCGUCGCAGUCGGGUACAAUGUUCAAGUCACAGGAGUGCCCGACUUUGAUACCAGAGUGGAUUCUGAAAUGGCUGUUUUAACUGGGUUGACACCGGGGAGCAUGUAUACGGUGCAAGUGUUCGCUGUGGCUGAAGACAACGUUACGCAAGGCAGUGGAGCAUCUCUUACAGUGUUCACAAAGCCUGAAACGAUCCUGAAUUUGACAGCUGAGGAUAUUACAACCACCUCCAUCACACUGACGUGGAGUUCAGCCCUCAGCGGCGUGGUUCAUUAUAAGGUGAAAAUUCCAGGAACUACCCUCCCUGAUUUGACAGUGCAUUCGGAGACGGUCACCAUAAGUGAGCUGAUACCUGGUCAGAACUACAAGGUGGAAGUAUCUGCUGUGGAUGGAGACAACUUCACUGAAGGCGAUGCUGCCUCUCUCACGGUUUCCACAGGUGCGUAUUCCUGGGCGUUUUGGACUUCAUUGUGUAUCACCUGCUGA